AUGGAUCUGGCAAAGUUACGUAAGGACCUGAUGCAAUGUUGGCUGGCACAGACUUUGGUGCACGUGCUGGAACGUGCUUUCAAAGGCAAAUAUGUCUUCAUCUCAAUGGGUGAUGUAAUCAUCGCUGAAGAAGGAAUCGUACUGUUCGAGUUGAUGAAGGGAUUUUUACGUCAAGGUGAGACUGUGGCAGAAGCAAAUUCAAUUGUUGCUGAUUACUAUGCGCACGUCAACAAUUUGGAGGAGCUACAGCAAUGGACUGAAUUGUCAGGUGAUAGGGAAAGGAGCUUGAAUGGAGUACUGUUUGUGGUAUAUGCUCCAUGCGACGACGAAGUUGCACCAAAGCACGUUCGUGGUAUUUUAGACGCGACGUCGAUACUUGAGAAGUCGUGGAAGGAGAGCUUACUGCUUGUAGUGCAUAACUUGACUGUAUUGAUGGGGCUGGAAGGAGGAAGGAGAGUAAUGAACACCUCACAAACGUAUUAUUUGGGUCAUUUUGGUGCAAUAGAGACUUCAACAAGGACACUGAGUGACUCGCGACGGAAUAUCAAGUUCAUCGCGCAGCCUUUGGACUGGCUGCAUAAUCAAUGCGGUUGGCACUUUGUGACGGAGAUUGUCCGAUGGGUUUCAGAAUCAUCUAGCAGUGCGACCAACAACGAAGAAAAUUUUGAUGCAGCUCGAGCCACUAUGUUCUCGAGUAUUAACCAGUUGCCAUUCCAGCUCCUACUGCUGGUCUUGAGGUGGAGCCAUUUCCACCCGCAGCUUGUUCGCGUAUGUGCGAAAAAGGUGAAGGAGACACCAGUGCCGAUGGAGGAGCUGUCAUCGUCUCUACUCGUCCUUAACGCAUCAUCUCGGACUCGAAUAACAUCACCAAAUCUCGUCCGACUUUCCAAGUGCUGUCUUUGGGAUAGACAGAAACAGUUUUACAAAGAUCAAGGUAUUUCGUGCCUGGACUUCUGGCGCCAUCCCCUUCGCGUUAAAUCAUACACGGGAGAGAACCGCUCACCAAACUGCUUUGUGUGGGAAGCUGCCAGCGGAUCAUGCAAGUUUUUGCACUCAUUCAUGCUGCACUUUACGGAGCUGGUGGAAACAAAUGAUGAAUUCAAAAGUCGAAAGCUGGUGCCGCUGGUCAUCGCGACAGACUUAAGCAGCCACGUAUUGAGUUCGCGUCGUCAAAUGCCGUGCUUUCAUCCAUUCAUCGAACGAGCGCAAUUAGACUUUGCCCUUUUCGACACACAUGAAUUCAUUUACGGGAAUGCUACCGUUCCUGGAACGCGAAAAACACUUGAGCUACUGCAUUCGAGACGGCAAUGGCAUGUCGGAAGUGACGGUCCUGUUGUGCUGAUGGGCAACUAUUUCGUUGACUCCCUGCGCGCUGACAUUUUUACAGUGGCCGUUAAUCGGGAUCACUUAUCAGUGACGAAAGAAACUGUGUCAAAAGAACGCGUAGUGAUGCAGGUUGCCCUGCUUGAUGAAACUACAUCAAAUAUUGCCGAAAUGGACAUCAGUCUUCAUUCAAUUGCACACUCAGAAACUCAAACCAUUUACGAGGACGAUCGACUGAACGCGACACUUUUGCAAGUAUUGGACCGAUUCCAAUCUCGGUGUAAUGCUUCAGUUCCAGCAUCCGUAUCUUCAACUGGAUUAAUUAUCUUUCCUGUUGAGGCGUUUGAGUUUUUCUUAACGCUGUUGGACAGACAUAGGGAAGCAAAGGCAUUUCCUAUCGCCAUUCUUGCAGGAGACGCACGAUUUUCUUUCCGAGACGCGAUCUCUAGCGCGUUCAUCACCACCGCUCGUGUCAAGAUCAAAACCGAAGAAGAAUCCACUGGGAGAGUAAGUCUAGAACUACCGCAAUUAACUCCUCAUCCAGACUGCUUCUGCCUUCCUGUAGACUUCGAAAUUAUCGAGAUGUUCUUUGAACAACUCAAUUGCAAUGCUACAGGAAUUUCUGCUAGCACGAAGGUGAUUUCCACUCCAGCAAGUGAUACCUUCGAUGUAUUUUUUGCAGCUAUUGAGCCGCACAUACAAGAAUCUGCUGUUGCUCCAGGCCAAAAUACAUCGACCUCUAUCACGAAAGCGCAAGACACCAGCUUCAAGCAUCAGUUUGCAAACUUCACACCUGGAGACUGUGACUUACUGUGGGGCAUGAUAAGUUACGAGGUUGGCGCACGCUGUUUUUCAACGACUACACUUCUUGCUAUCCUGGCACAAACUUGUUGGGAUUUCGACUUGUUUAAAACACUGCACUGGGAAUUGCUGGGUCGGUUGAAGCGGCAACAAACCAACAUUAAGUCAAUGCACUAUCAAAAUAUCCUGGUCGAAGCAGGAAUGAAAUCUUGGCGGACGUUUUACUCCAUGGAGCAACAAACCGAGAUGGAUGUCACUAUGCGAAGAACUCAUCUUCAGCUGGCGCGCUGGUUCUACGAACUGGAAGCAAACGAUGGUGUACUGGAAGUUCUGACGCCAUGGCGAGAGAAAACCUACAAAGACAUCAGCUCGGACGAUGUGGUCAUCUUCUAUCUUCUUGGGCGGACAAGUUUGCGGAUGAAUGAGCCUUGGAAUGCGCUUUCCUUGUUCCGCCUCUGUGCUCGCUUGGCCCCCACAAAACUCAAGUUUCAACGUCAAGUGACUCGCACAUUACUCAUCUUGCAAUCGUUAAGACACGCGGCAAGCUGCUCAAAUGCAGCUGAACCCCAACGAGACAUGGGCUUUGCGCUAUAA